AAGUACUUUGUUGCAAACAUAUUGUUUCCGUCUUAUUCAUUUCCUAUUAAAAGGUUUCAAAUUUGCAAUGUAAGUAGAUGGAAACACGUAUCAUAGAAUAAAAACAAUUAUUUCAAAUAUACUUUCAUAAUUUAAAUACUGAAAGCUCAGUUCUAUAUGUUUUUUUAGACUAAAAAAUAAAUAGAAGAUAAAAAUUCUAAAUGCAGAUCACACCCGGAAGUUAACAACGACAACGUCAAUCGUUAAAGAAACUUUUUUUUUCAUGUAGCGAAAAUACGUCAGUCAAACAAAUGGUGUGAACGUAAAAUCUAUCCUUUCCAUCUUUCCUGCUACAUAUUUACACAGUACCAUACGGCCACAUCCCGUGUGACCACAGAAAUGCCUUAUACAAUAAUUUACUGAAGUCUCCAUCGAUCGCGUCAUCGGGACGUCUUGUACACAAAUCAACUUGUCUAACAUGUUUUCGCGUAAAAUUCAUUGAACGUCCUUGUGAGGGGUAAACGUAAUUUGUCUCGGAGUGACCUGGGGCGUCGUCAUCAUGAAUUUCGAAGAUAGUGCGAGUAGUGGCUAUGUCACGGCGGAGACGAUAUACGGGACACAUGAAGAUUCACACGUCGUGAUGUCGGAGAAGGUCCAGACCCUGGCCGGAAGCAUAUACCAGGAGUUCGAGCGCAUGAUAGCGAGAUACGAUGAGGACGUGGUGAAGACACUGAUGCCUCUGCUGGUGAACGUGCUGGAGUGCCUGGACUCGGCAUACCAGACGAACCAGGAGCACGAGGUGGAGCUGGAGCUGCUGCGAGAAGACAAUGAGCAGCUGGUGACGCAGUACGAGCGCGAGAAGGCGGCCAGGAAGCACUCCGAGCAGAAGUUGCUAGAAGCCGAGGACCACUACGAGGGCGAACGCAAAGAGCUGACCGGGCGACUAGAAGCGUUGGACAGCAUCGUUCGCAUGCUGGAACUCAAGCACAAGAACUCUCUUGACCACGCUAGCAGGCUGGAAGAACGGGAGAAUGAACUCAAGAAGGAAUACGCGAAACUGCACGAGCGCUACACCGAGCUGUUCAAGACGCACAUGGACUACAUGGAGCGGACCAAGCUGCUGCUGAGCACCGCCAGCGAGCGCAGCGAGGUCCGCGGCCGCCUCGGCCUCAACCCCGUCGGCAGGUCCAGUGGUCCCAUAUCGUUCGGGUUCGCGUCGCUAGAAGGCUCCGUGCACAUAGUGGAACAGACCGAGAGCAUCCCGGGCAGCCCCGUCAGCCUGUCGUCUUCACCGCCCUCGCCGACUAUCGGAUCAGAGUUGGCCGCCGUACGGACUGUGGAGAGGGCCCACCAGACCGAUCCUGUUACGCAGCAGAGCCAGGCGACAUCACCAGUUGCUCCGAACCAGUCGUCCGUCAGCAAAUCGCAGACCAAGAGCGAGAAGCGAAGCGGCAACACGCUGUACCAAGAGCUGUCCUUCCACGAUACAGACGCCAGUAUUGCGGAGGGUGACGACGGCGCUGACAUAACGGCAGGAAGCUGGGUGCACCCUGGUGAAUAUGCCUCUUCCGUUAACGACAACUACUUCGGAAUGGGCAAAGAAGUCGAGAACCUAAUAUUGGAGAACAACGAAUUGCUCGCCACAAAGAACGCUCUGAACGUGGUGAAGGACGAUCUCAUAGUGAAAGUUGAUGAGCUGACCGGCGAACAGGAGAUCCUUAGGGAGGAGGUGGCGAACCUCAGCGCGGCCAGAGAGAAGCUCAGGGAGAGAGUCACGCAGCUCGAGGAGGAACUGAGACAUUUGAAGACGGUCAGCAACAGCGCUGGCGGCGAGAAUGAGGACGAAGCUGACGUGCCCAUGUCGCAGCGGCGGCGGUUCACUCGCGUUGAGAUGGCUCGGGUGCUUAUGGAGAGGAACCAGUACAAGGAGCGUUUCAUGGAGCUGCAGGACGCGGUCCGCUGGACGGAGAUGGUGCGCGCGAGCCGCGUGGACUCCACCAUGGACAAGAAGAACAAGCAGAGCAUAUGGAAGUUUUUUAGCAACCUGUUCAGCGGGAACGAGCGGCCCGCGCGGCCGCUGUCCACGCCGCACCUGCGUGCGGUCGCCGCGCCGCAGUCCGGCAUGCGACACUCCCGCACGCAAGCCGACUUCCUCGAGACGCAGCUCACGGACCAUCAUCACCGGCGGCAUGAGAGGAGCGAGCAGUUCCGCCAGGUGCGAGCUCACGUGCGCAAAGAGGACGGCCGUACGCAGGCGUACGGUUGGAGCCUACCAGGCAAGACGGGGCAAGGCCAGAAGGGGCCUAGUCCUUGCGCGUCACUCUCAUCUGGCGGCGUGCCAGUGCCCGUACCGGUGUUUUGCAGGCCGAUAGCAGAAAGCGAGCCUCGCAUGACGCUGCUAUGCGCCGCGGGUGUGAACCUAAACGGCGGGCGUACCCCCGACGGCGGCUGCAUGGUCGGAGAAAGUGUCUUCUACGCCAAGGAGGACGAUAAGGACAACACGCUGUGUCUCGCUGAAGAAAUGAGCAAAGCGUCGCUGCACUCGCCUGAAGUGGAGCAGAUCAACCGGCAACUGCAGUCGACGCACAGCCUCGAGCACUCCGAGAAGAACCUGUCUUCCUUCGUGUGGAUAUGCGCCAGCACGCAGAACAAGGGCGUUGUCAUGAUCAUCGACGCCAACAAUCCAGCCGAAGUUCUAGAAUCCUUCCCACUGGGUGACAAGCACAUACUGUGUGUCGCCUCCGUGCCCGGGGCCGUCGCGGACGAUUACACCGAGUACGAGGAGCGCAUGAGCGAGGGCGAGCAGAAGCGACACUCGUCCUUGUUCUGUGCUGGCAAGAGCGAGUCGCAAGAUAGCCAGAGUAACGGGCCGGUUGGCGAGAACGGCGAGAAGGAAGUCGUCGUCGGUGCUACUAGAUUGGUGCAAGCAACUCUCCUAACGCCUCCAACGACGCCCGUGGCCGAACCGGAGCCGGCGCCGUCCGGGCCGCCCAAGGAGUCCGCCGUCAAGAACGUGGAGGAACCGGAGACGGGCGCGCAGGACAGCCCGCCGCUCAGCUCUACCCCCGUCAACAACGAACACCUGGGCUCCCCCGAGCCGGGCGUCGACGCGUUCGCUCAAGAGCAGUCCAACGCAGAAAGCCGAGCAGACGUUCCCGACCGCAAGAUGUCGACUGUCAUGGCAACCAUGUGGCUCGGCACCAAGAGUGGUCAUCUAUACGUGCACUCAGCUAUGGGCAACUACAGCAAGUGCCUCGCCAGGGUAAAACUAAACGACGCCAUCCUAUCCAUAGUAGCGUGCGCGUCACGCUGCAUGGUCGCCCUAGCGGACGGCACAGUGGCCAUAUUCAUGCGGCAGGCUGACGGGCAGUGGGACUUUACGCAGUACUGGCUCAUGACGCUUGGUGACCCUAAGUGCUCAGUGCGCUGCCUAAGUGCCGUAGGCUGCACAGUGUGGUGCGGGUACCGCAACAAGGUGCACGUGAUCGACCCGCGCUCGCGGCAGGCGCUGCAUUCCCUGGACGCGCACCCGCGCCAGGAGAGCCAGGUGCGGCAGAUGGCCGCGGACGGCGACGGAGUGUGGGUGUCAAUAAAAAUGGACUCGACUCUACGCUUGUAUCACGCUCACACCUACCAACACCUGAAGGAUGUGGACAUCGAACCAUACGUUAGCAAAAUGCUUGGCACCGGCAAACUAGGUUUCUCCCUGGUCCGUAUUACGGCGUUGCUCAUCAGCUCGGGCCGGCUGUGGAUCGGCACCAGCAACGGAGUAGUCAUAUCCGUGCCGCUGUCGGAGGGCAGCCGCGAUCCCGCGCCAAACGCAGGCCCUCUACCGGGCCACUCUUCCCUCGUGCGAGCCCGCUCCACAUCCCCCACGGGCUCCAUCCCCUGGUGCUCGAUGGCGCACGCUCAGCUCUCGUUCCACGGGCACCGCGACGCCGUCACGUUCUUCGUGGCCGUGCCCGGCGCCGCCGAGUCGCCCACCUGCUCCCCGGACUCGCGCGGGCCCCCCAUGCUCGUCAUAUCGGGAGGGGAAGGAUACAUCGACUUUAGAAUAGCCGACUCAGAAAUGGAGGACAGCGUGGUGGUAGCCGAGGACGGGUCGUCGAGUGGGCACAGUUCGCUGGCGGAGCGCGCGUCCAAGAGCCACCUCAUCGUGUGGCAGGUGGCCACCGCCUAACGCCCGCCGCGCCGGCGGCUUGACUCCGAUGACUUCGUCUACGUGGGCACCACUACCAAACCGGCGCUCAUCUUGUGAAUAGGUAACCUCAACUGUUGCGCGCACCUGACUGGUCGAUUUUAUGUGCAUACAUGUUUGAAUCUUAGCAUGAUUGUGAGGGCACGCUGAGAUAUACGAAAAAUAUUAGAAAUUGAAAAAUAGCAGUGUCGUCCCUCUCAAAUCAAUAAAUGUAAGAAACGAGACGAUUACGACGAUGCCACUUUCUAAUUUUUAGCCAGGCUGUAACGAUGCGAACAUUGUGAAAGACGUUGUAAAAAAGCAAUCUAGUAAGUUUCAAAAUGUAUGCAUUAGAGUACACCAUGAAACAAAAUGAAACUGAGCUCUGUGAAAUUACGUGAUGUUCGAUCGUGUCUGGAUCCUGAGCUUAGAUUUCGUGUUGAAGGUUCACUGACUGUCGAAAACGUCAGGUGUGAACGCUGAGGCCAGUGUGUAUGGUCCAUUUAAACAUUUUUUUUUAAAGAAGUGUUGGUUUUGAUCGUUACCGGUUUGUCCGUGCUAGUCCUAUAUGAAAUUGCAAUAUGGUUUUACUUAAUUAAAUCCGAGAUAUGAGCUAUUGUAAAAUAGUGUAUAUUCUUGUUUUGUAGUGUAUUUAGCACUAAAUAUUCAUUUUAAUGGCACGAAGAUAAUACUUACUUAAACGUUCGAUUUCUAUCUAUUUUAUUUGGAACAUAUACACUAGUCUCGCAAAGCGUAGUUCUUUUAUAUGACUCUUGCUAAAGAUAAGCAUGUGGCGUAUCAUAGAACGUGCUCGUUGAUUAUACCGAAGGUGGAUUUUUAGGGAAAGGUUCAGUAUUAUCUAAAUUAAUUAAACAUUUGGUCGCAUACAUCUAAAUUAGGAAUUGAUUUGAAUUUAGAUCGUUGGUCCAUCGAAAUCCAUUUUUCCUAUUCACAUUUUGUCGGUCUCACGGGGAAAGUGCUGUGUAGAAACGUUGCAACAAUACACUCGUGCCUGAAAAGUUAAAGUUCAAAGUUCAAAUUUGCCUUUAAGUGUGAUAUGAAGCAUGUUUCCUCCUGGGGCCCGCCGACUCACGUGUGUUAGGGCUUUAGUGUGAACGAUGCCGACCCGUAACGAACCUUAAGUUAAGGUUGACAUCGGAGCUGAAGCCCCUCGUCCUUCACGUUAGAAUAUUCGGUUAGAAGCAGUGCACGGCAAUGGACUCUUACGAGUGUAUCAAUGUGCUUAUUAUUUUGCUGUCUAUCUAAGUAGCGCUUCGAUUUACGAUUUUGUAAUUGCUCAUAUCAGUGUACGCGUUCACGUUUACUUUGUAAGUUUUGUAUACCGGUGCCAGGGGCUGAUUUCCCGAACGUCUCGUUGUAUUUGCCAACUGAUUCGUAACGAGUUACACAUAAUGCUCAAGAAUGUGUAUUUUUUUAAACAACACAGUUAAGCUGACGCAUACAAAGUCGUACAAUCAUGAACGAAUUUAUACAUCUCGUUAUCUGCUCAUUGGUACUUUCGUACCGGUAUACAACUCUUUGGCAGGCGAUGCAGGGUACGUUUGAGCGUUUAGAUACUUAAUAAAAAUACAUGUUAUACGCUCAAAACAAUAAACUCAUUGAGUUAUAUGUAAACAUCGGCAGUCUUAGUUUUGUUAAAUAUCUAAAGGCGCAUGUGAAUAUGUAACAUUCACGUAAAAAGGUACACAACAGUCGUGUACACAAGACGUGAGGUACAUUUUUGUGAGAGUCGUUACAUACGAACGGACUUGCUAUUGACUAAGUGUAAUCUAAUCUCAUCUAGGAAUAAUGUACAAGAUAUAACCACCAAAUAAUUCAUUUUAGUAGUGUUAUAUAGUUAUUAGCAUAGAUAUUGGAGAUUUUUUAUAAUAAUAACUAAGUAUAUACAUUAUUAAUAUUAUUACGUAAGGACUCUGAAUGCUAACCAUACGGGCUGUGUUUAUGUCAUCUGCAUCACAAUAUUAUUUAGGUGUUUUUACGUUACGUGUGAUAAAAGGUGAUUAGGCGGUGUUAUACAUACUUACGACUCAUAGAUAGAUCGCUGUUAAGUUUUUUAUUUAUUUUGACGAAUGUAUGGCGGGACGACACUCAGAGGUAUCAUCACUAGAGAAUUAAAUAUGGAAAAACAAAUGUGUAAAAAACUCUUCAAUCUGUUACACAAAAGGUAAACUUAGUAAUGUAUACCCAGUUGUUUCCACCUUGCAGAGAAAAACUAGUUGGCAUAGCAAAUCAACAUGCAUUUAGAGUUUACAUUGUGCUACCAAGCACAGGAACGCCGAUAAAUAGACUACAGAUAUUUGACCAUAUUCGUUAGAGAGGAGCGGGUAGUCAUUCGACCGAGAUACAGUCUGGCCAAAAAGAGUAGAAAUUAAAAAGUGGCAACAUUGUAGUGUCGUCCCGUUUUCUCACAUAUUGAUUUGAAAGGGAUGACGCUACAAUUUUGCCACUCUUUAAUUUCUACUCUUUUUGGUCAGACUUUAUUUACCGACGCCACACUCCUGUUAAGCCAACGCCGUCUAGUGUUCAUCAUCUAUUCCUCUGAUGUAUGAACAUAAUAAUGUUAAAGGCGUCGCGAAACGUAUAUCUAUAUUAAUUUACAUGAUUGGAACCUCUGAAUGUAGUCGAUUAUGCGAACUGACUCUUUUGUUAGCGUAGACUUCUAAGAGGUAUCUUUGCUGUAUAUCUUGGGCAUUUCUCAGCGACAUCAUUAUAUAUUGACGCUGAAGAUUGAUCCAAAUAAAUGUCAUUCAAACCAAAAGCAAUAGUACACAGAAUUAGCUGUGUUCCCUGAGAUGAAUUGAUUUAUUGAGAGUGUAAAGAGUCAUAACAGAGAUAAACUCGUGCUGUGAACAUCUCUUUCGCUAGAUAGUGUCUUAUCAAGGCGCUUCCUACCAGAUGAACGGUCUGGCGACUUUAGUAGAGACUGAUAACUCUCUUACAUCAGCUCUGAUAGAGACAAAGUAUUUAUUGAACACCAAGAUAGCAAUAUUUUUGACAAAUGAUCAUAGAGAUGUUAUAAAAGCGGUUAAUUAUUAAUAAUAAUGAUGUAUUGGAUGAAUAUUGUCGAUGUUGUUUCGGACGGCAUUAUGUAUAUGUAGUACCUUGUCCAAUCUGUCAAAUAUGUGUAUCUAACUCCAUUAUAAAUUAAAAACUUAUGCUUGGUAAUGUGAUAAAGCACUAGUUUACCGUAAUAAAUAUUCGUGUUAGUAUUAUGUCUGCCCAGUGUAACAUAAUAUUAAAUAUUUUAUAUUUGCUAGCCUGCCAAACUGGAUGUUUAACUAUUCGUUAUGUCUAAUCUUAUAACCGCUGUUGCUAGUAUGCCAUGUAACAAUUAUCUACUACAGAACAAUUUUUAU